AAUUUACCAACCCAGCUUCGGCUGAAGGGCCAUAUCCAAGUCUCAAUAGAGCUCCAAUUCUAUCUCAGGUUCUCUCUAUACAUUGCAUACGCUAGGGUUUGUUCGUCUGAGCUUAUCUUAUCUUCUCUUCUCUUCCUCCUUAUUAGCUUCGUAUUUCACGAAGAGUUCGAAGAUGGAAGCGGCCACAGCAACUGUGGUUCAAUCUUCAGUGGCCGUCAAUAGACGCUACAGUUCGUUCGCUAGAUCAGCUUUUUUGUCCGCUAACGGUCCCGAUUUCGUGCGUUUCGCUACUAGUUCACACUUGCCAAUUCAGCAUUAUUCUUCAGUCUCAUACUCAAAGCCAAUGCAUAGGAGAAUGGGUAUGGGAAGUAGGAGAUGCAUGGCCAUUAGAGCAUCUUCAUCACCAGACUCUACCGGGUCGAUUGCUCCUAUUGCUCCGCUUCGGCUGGAGUCUCCUGUAGGACAAUUUUUGUUACAGAUCUUGAUAAGUCACCCCCAUCUUGUUCCUGCAGCAGUUGAGCAGCAACUUGAGCAGCUUCAAACCGACCGUGAUGCUGAGAAGAAGGAAGAACCUUCUGCUUCUGGCACCGACCUGGUUUUGUAUAGGAGAAUUGCUGAGGUGAAGGCUAAUGAAAGGAGAAAGGCUUUGGAAGAGAUUUUGUAUGCAUUGGUUGUGCAGAAAUUCAUGGAUGCUAAUGUUUCUUUGAUACCUUCGAUUGUCCCCUCCUCUUCAGACCCUUCUGGUCGGGUGGACAUGUGGCCAAGCCAUGAUGAGAAGCUUGAGCAGCUUCACUCGACUGAAGCCUAUGAGAUGAUACAGAACCACCUAGCUCUCAUUCUUGGGAAUCGGUUGGGUGACUCGAAUUCUGUUGCACAGAUAAGCAAACUGAGGGUUGGACAGGUCUAUGCAGCUUCAGUGAUGUACGGGUACUUCCUAAAGCGUGUUGAUCAGCGGUUUCAGCUUGAAAAAACCAUGAAACUUCUUCCAAAUGCAUCGGAUGAAGAGACUAAAGUUCAACGAGCAGUGGAAGACAUGAAACCAGCUGGUGAGGGAUCUUAUGAAGCUGUCUCUUCGCACCCUGAACUCUCGGCCUGGGCCGGCGGCGUGAGGUCUGGAGGGUUUGGUCAUGGGAUAAAGGCCUCUCGGUUGCGGACCUAUGUGAUGUCUUUUGACGGUGAGACACUUCAGAGAUACGCAACAAUAAGAUCCAAAGAGGCUGUUAGCAUCAUUGAGAAGCACACUGAGGCUCUAUUUGGAAGACCAGAGAUUGUUAUAACACCUCAGGGUAAUGUUGAUUCUUCAAAAGACGAACUUAUCAAGAUCAGCUUUGGUGGUUUAAAGAGACUUGUUUUGGAGGCCGUGACUUUCGGUUCUUUUCUGUGGGACGUAGAAACCUAUGUUGAUUCCAGGUACCAUUUUGUCAUGAAUUAAAUUCUGUUUUUUCGCCUUUAACCUUGCUAAAACAGAAGUUUGUCCUAUGUUCACAACCGACCAACUGAUGUGUUAUAGCUGAGUGUAGGUUUGCUAGCAAGUACCAAAUAAUUUGUGCUAAUUGUUUUGUAUAUAGUUACAAUGCUAUGUUUUGCUGCUUGAAUUUACCGCACUUACUGUUAUGGUAAAUUUUUAUAUUAAAUUUACAUCAAUAUCUUUUAAAGUUA